AUGGAGUCUAAACCUUCAAGGAUUCCAAGAAGAAUUUCCGUUCAACCUUCUAACUCUUUAAGUGCUAGGAUGAUGUCUGGAAGUGGAGGAAGUAGUUUAAAUGAUUGCCUAUCACCAAGAGACUCUUCUUUUAGAAUGGAUUCUGACUAUCAGUCUACAUCAGCAUCUGCAUCACCAUUUCAAUCUACAUGGUAUGGUGAAUCUGAGAUAACUCAGGGAGCACGCUCAAGAUCACAGAACCAGCAACGGGAUCAUGAUUCAAAAAGACCUAAACUUUCCUGUACAAAUCGUAUAUCUACCUCAGCUGGGAGAAAUGUUGGAAAUGGUUUAAAUGCAUUAUCAGAUUCUUCUUGGAGACAUAGUCAAGUUCCCAGAUCUUCGUCAGUAGUACUUGGAUCGUUUGAACCUGCAUUAAUGAGAGAGAGGAGAGAUUUGGAGAGGAGAGCAGAUUCCUCCAUUAGUAAUCUUAUGGAUUAUAGUCACCGAAGUGGUGAUUACAGAACUUCAUCAUAUGUUCAAGAUAGAGUUCCUUCUUCAUAUUCACAGGGAGCAAGACCAAAAGAGAACUCAUUGAGCACUUUACAGUUGAAUACAUCAUCCACUAACCACCAGUUGCCUUCUGAACAUCAGUCUAUAUCAUGUUCUAGGGACUCAAGCAGAAAUUCUUUUAGAUCAAACUUUUGUCCAAGAGAAUUGGAAUCUCCCCAAAGCAGUAUACAGCCUGGAUUUUCCUAUAUUUCAAAUAGAGAUGAAACCCCAACCAUUAGCAGUUCAGAAAGGGUUGGUUCAUCUCAAAGAUCAUUUCAAGAAUCUUCUGACAAUGAAGGGAGGCGUACAACCAGGAGAUUGCUGUCACGUAUAGCUUCUAGUAUGUCAUCUACUUUUUUUUCACGAAGGUCUAGUCAGGAUUCCUUGAAUACAAGAUCACUGAGUUCUGAAAAUUCUUAUAUUUCUCCAAGAGUCUUAACAGCCUCACAGUCUCGUAGUAAUGCAGCAUCAACUUCUGAAGUGCCAGAUAAUAGGACAUCUGAAACUUCUCAAGGAUUUCGAUUUCUUAGGAGAAGAUGGGGUUUGUCAUCUCUUGGCCAAAAUCAUAGCUCUGAGUCAGAUGCAGAAAAUUUUAACCGAGAAUCUGACGGUAGAAAUACAGGACCAUGGUUAUCUUCCUCACUUAGAAAUAGAUGCACACCUUUGUUUUCUAGAAGGCGGCGAGAGGGAAGAGAUGAAUCUUCAAGGAUACCUACCUCUGAUAUACCAUCUAGAGCGCAUCAUUUAUUUAGAAGAGAAUCUAAUGAAAUGGUUCACCUUGAAGCACAGAAUGAUUCCCUUGGGGCUGCCACCAGUAGACCACAAGUGUCUGCAGCAUCAAGCAGUGCCACUACACGUGGUUCUACACCAGAUUCGGCUCACAGUGGAAGAAAUACAGGAAUAACUGGGAUUCUUCCUGGUUCUUUAUUCCGAUUUGCAGUUCCCCCACCACUUGGAAGUAAUUUGACAGAUAAUGUCAUGAUCACUGUAGAUAUUAUUCCUUCUGGUUGGAAUUCAUCUGAUGGAAAAAGUGAGAAAACUAAAAGCACACCUUCAAGAGAUCCAGAAAGACUUCAGAAAAUCAAAGAGAGCCUCCUUCUAGAGGACUCUGAAGAAGAAGAAGGUGACUUAUGUAGAAUUUGUCAAAUGGCAGCUGCAUCAUCAUCUAACUUGCUAAUAGAACCUUGCAAGUGCACAGGAAGUUUGCAGUAUGUCCAUCAAGAAUGUAUGAAAAAAUGGUUACAGGCCAAAAUUAACUCGGGUUCUUCAUUAGAGGCUGUAACCACCUGUGAACUCUGUAAAGAAAAGUUGCAGCUUAACCUGGAGGAUUUUGAUAUUCAUGAACUACAUAGAGCUCAUGCAAAUGAACAAGCUGAAUAUGAGUUUAUCAGCUCUGGUCUCUACUUAGUUGUGUUACUGCACUUGUGUGAACAAAGCUUUUCUGAUAUGAUGGGGAAUACAAGUGAACCAAGCACACGUGUCCGAUUUAUUAACCUUGCAAGAACUCUUCAGGCACAUAUGGAAGAUCUCGAAACUUCAGAGGAUGAUUCCGAAGAAGAGGAAGACCAUAAUGGAACAUUUGAUAUUGCCUAACUUCAUAUAAGACAAAUGGAUUUUCUGUGAACAAGUGUUUAUUAAAAUUGGCAAAUAAGUAUCAGUUAUGUGGGGGAAUGUCUACUGAAUACAUUGACGAUUCAUAUAUAUAAUGAAUAUAUAUAUACAAAUGUAUAUAUGUAUAUAUAUAUUCAUUCUCAAGUGUUAUUGAAUAAAAUUCUUCUGGACCUAUUAACAUGGUCAGUGAAUCUGAUGUUUAUAAACUAGUAAUGAAAAGUAUUUUUCUUUUGGUUGAUUGGCAGGUGUUACCCUUGUUUUAAAUAAGCAAUGUCCAUCGCCAACCCUUUGUGCUCUGAUUACUGUAGUCAUAUUUACAAAAACCACAAAAAAAGUUUGCAUUUUACUCUGCUAAUGAAAAAAAGUGGGACAAAAUGUGCUUUCACAAUAAAAUGCCAGAUGGCGUCUGAUUAUUUUUCCUUUUAAAAUGCCUUAAGUUGCAGUCUCAUUUUGAUAAUCAUUUGUUUCCAGUGUUUAAAAAAGAUGAGUGGGGAGAAGGUUCUGAAGAGUAUUUAAGUUUCCAAAUUUAAUUUGAAUUCUGAAUUCACUUAGCAAAAUCUAAUUUUUAAAAAAGUAUAUAAAUACAAAAUGAAUGGAUGAUUUUUUUAAUUGAUUUGCAAAAUGCAGAUUAUAUUUGAUAGGACAUAGGAUGUAGAUAUUUCUUUUAGGAAUAUUACAGGUGUAAAUUCUUUCAGAAUUGCCAAAAUGUCAUUUGUUAAAAAAAUUAUUGAAAUCUCAAAGGAAUGUAUUUUCAAACCCCACAUUCAAAGUUUAAAACACUGGUUUUCAAUGUGUUUUUUAGUGUUGUCACUUUGUAGAUAAAAAAAUAUAUAAAUAACUUGUUUCAAUCCUGUUGUUUUUACCUGUUUCUUGAUAAUUCUGAGCAUUUAUUUGAUAACUUAAUACUAAUAUUUUUCACUACCUUUGGAGAACAAAUGAACAUUAACCUACUCACUACGAAUAGGUUUCCAGUGUGGUCAUGAUUUCUGUAUUAUUUCCAUGACACUAUAUUUUUCCUCUGUCAACACUCUUAAGAGACACUUAAAAACACCAUCAGGUGGUUUCAGGUUUAAGUCUAUGUCUAUGUCAUGACAAACUACUUUUUCAGAACCUAAAACAAAACCAUGUAUUAACACAAAUAUGAAUGAAAAGGUUGCCAACUCCUAGUCUGUCAGCCUUAUGUAAAACCUUGGCUCAAAAUAAAGUGCAUACUGAUUGAUUUA